AAUAUUUUUCUAUAGACACGCACAUGAGAAAUAUUCAUAGAAGAACCUUGCAUAUAAUUACAUAUUUUCCACAACUUGAUUGAUUUGAUGACCCUUUUGGCCUCUUUAGCUCCCCCUCUCUCUUCAGCUUCCCAUCUUAAUCAUUCCUCAUUGUAGCUGUCAUACAUUAAUCACUCUGUCUAUACCUCCGAAUCCCCCAUGUAGAAGCAAUCCAUUUGUCGUUGUCGUCCAUUUCUUUCUAAUAAAGUUCACCCCUUUGACCCCGAGUUUUCUCUUGUGAAUCAUAAGAUAAACAUUCCAUAGGUGCCUGCAAGAGCUGGUUCUGAAGAUCAAAACUUUUGAUUGCAGAAGUUGAGAUUUGUUACCUUUUUAUUGGAUGCGUGAUUGCUUAUUACUGAAUUGAGGUCCAUUUGAGAAUUUUCAGAUAGAGCAGGAAUGUUCUGCUCCUGCUACAGGGAAGACUGAGAUAUUGUUUUUGCUGAUCAUCUAGCGGAACUUGCUCAGUUGUUGAGAAAUCAAGAUCUGUUUUUGAACUACAUGCAAUGGCUGAAAAGAGGAAUGCUAAUGCAAAACCCUCAAGCGGGAAGCCUACAGGAGCUGCCAAUCCUUAUGCAAUAGAUUUGGAUAACUUCACCAAGCGCUUGAACAUGUUGUAUUCACAUUGGAAGGAACACCAUAAUGACCUAUGGGGUGCUUCUGAUGCACUUGCUAUAGCAACGCCUCCGGCUUCUGAGGACCUCCGGUAUCUGAAGUCAUCAGCACUGAACAUUUGGUUGGUUGGAUAUGAGUUCCCAGAGACGAUUAUGGUCUUCCUGAAGAAGCAGAUCCUUUUCUUAUGUAGCCAGAAAAAGGCUUCUUUGCUUGAUGUUGUGAAGAAGCCUGCCAAAGAGGCUGUGGGUGUUGAGGUUGUGAUACUCGUGAAGACCAAAAAUGAUGAUGGAAGUGGUUUGAUGGAUAUCAUUUUUCAUGCUGUCCUAGCUCAGUCAAAUUCUAAUGGGCAUAAUACUCCUGUCAUUGGACGUAUAGCAAGAGAAAGUCCUGAAGGGAAGCUUUUGGAGACAUGGGAUGAAAAGGUAAAGAACAUUAAUUGUGAACUAAGAGACGUAACAAGUGGGUUCUCAGACUUAUUUGCUGUCAAGGACAGCACUGAGCUCACAAAUGUAAGGAAAGCAGCGUUUUUGAGUUCUUCAGUAAUGAAGCAGUUUGUGGUGCCAAAGCUUGAAAAGGUCAUUGAUGAAGAGAAGAAGAUCUCCCAUUCUUCAUUGAUGGGUGACACAGAGAAGGCAAUAUUGGAACCGGCAAGAAUUAAGGUAAAGCUGAAGGCAGAGAAUGUCGAUAUUUGCUAUCCUCCAGUUUUUCAGAGUGGAGGAGAGUUUGAUCUGAAACCGAGUGCUGCAAGCAAUGAUGAGAACCUCUACUAUGACUCAACUAGUGUGAUCAUAUGUGCAAUCGGGUCUCGAUACAACAGCUACUGCUCAAAUGUUGCAAGAACUUAUCUGAUUGAUGCCAAUCCGAUGCAGAGCAAGGCAUAUGAGGUCCUCCUUCAGGCCCAUGAAGCUGCUAUCAGUGCAUUGAAGCCUGGGAACAUGGUCAGUGCUGUGUAUCAAGCAGCACUCUCUGUGGUUGAGAAGGAUGCGCCCGAAUUAACCACAAACUUAACAAAAACUGCUGGAACUGGAAUUGGCCUUGAGUUUCGUGAGUCAGGGCUUAGUCUUAAUUCCAAGAAUGAUCAAGUUCUGAGACAAGGAAUGGUUUUCAAUGUGUCUCUUGGCUUUCAGCAUUUGCAGGCAGAGACCAAAAACCCAAGGACCCAGAAAUAUUCUGUCUUACUUGCCGAUACAGUGAUUGUUGGUGAGAAGUUGGCAGAUGUGGUGACUUCAAAGUGUACUAAAGCUGUUAAAGAUGUGGCAUACUCAUUCAAUGAGGAUGAUCAGGAAGAAGAUAGGCCAAAAGUCAAGCCUGAACGUAGAGGGAGUGAGACCGCCUUGUCUAAGGCAACACUCAGGUCAGACAACCAUGAAAUGUCAAAGAAGGAGCUACGAAGGCAGCACCAGGCAGAGCUUGCCCGCCAAAAGAAUGAAGAGACUGCAAGGAGGCUUGCUGGUGGGGGUUCUGCUGCAACAGAUAAUCGAGGUGGUGCAAAGACAAUUGGUGAUUUAAUUGCAUAUAAGAAUGUCAAUGAUCUCCCCCCUCCUCGAGACUUUAUGAUUCAGAUUGACCAGAGGAAUGAAGCCAUAAUAUUACCAAUCCAUGGAAGCAUGGUUCCUUUCCAUGUUGCCACUGUGAAGAGUGUGUCUAGUCAGCAGGAUGGUAACCGAACUUGCUACAUACGGAUAAUAUUUAAUGUGCCUGGCACCCCUUUUAAUCCUCAUGAUGCAAACUCCCUUAAGUUUCAAGGGUCAAUAUACUUGAAGGAGGUUUCAUUUCGUUCAAAGGACUCUAGACAUAUAAGUGAAGUGGUACAGCAGAUUAAAACCCUACGUCGACAGGUAACUUCCAGAGAAUCUGAGAGGGCUGAGAGAGCGACCUUAGUUAGUCAGGAAAAGCUUCAACUCUCAUCUUCCAAAUUCAAGCCACUGAAAUUGUUUGAUCUAUGGGUCCGUCCUCCUUUUGGUGGUCGUGGAAGAAAAUUGACUGGUUCACUUGAAGCCCACACAAAUGGCUUGCGCUAUUCAACUUCAAGGCCUGAUGAACGUGUUGAUGUAAUGUUUGGUAACAUUAAGCAUGCGUUCUUUCAGCCAGCAGAGAAGGAAAUGAUUACUCUCCUGCACUUUCAUUUGCAUAAUCACAUAAUGGUGGGGAACAAAAAGACCAAGGAUGUGCAAUUUUAUAUCGAGGUAAUUGAUGUGGUCCAGACAAUUGGAGGGAGUAAAAGAUCAGCCUAUGACCCUGAUGAGAUUGAGGAAGAACAACGCGAGAGGGAUCGAAAGAAUAAAAUAAACAUGGACUUCCAGAACUUUGUGAACCGGGUGAAUGAUGUAUGGAGCCAACCUCAAUUCAAAGCACUUGACCUUGAGUUUGAUCAGCCUUUAAGAGAGCUUGGGUUCCAUGGGGUUCCCCACAAAGUUUCAGCUUUCAUAGUUCCAACAUCGAGUUGCUUGGUUGAGCUGAUAGAGACACCUUGUGUGGUGAUAACUCUGAGUGAGAUUGAGAUAGUUAAUCUGGAGAGAGUUGGCCUUGGUCAGAAGAAUUUUGAUAUGACUGUUGUCUUCAAGGACUUCAAACGGGAUGUCCUUCGAAUAGACUCUAUCCCCUCUACAUCACUGGAUGGCAUAAAGGAGUGGCUUAACACCACCGACCUCAAGUAUUACGAGAGUAGAUUAAAUCUCAAUUGGCGACCUAUCCUGAAAACUAUCACUGAUGAUCCGGAAAAAUUCAUAGAGGAUGGUGGGUGGGAAUUUUUAAACAUGGAAGUUAGUGAUUCAGAUUCUGAAAACUCAGCAGACUCAGACCAAGGGUACAUGCCUUCAGAUGUGCAAUCUGACUCAGGUUCCGAUGAUGAAGCUGAUUUAAGUGAGUCUUUGGUGGAAUCCGAGGAUGACGAGGAAGAGGACUCUGAGGAAGACUCAGAGGAGGAGGAAGGAAAGACAUGGGAAGAGUUGGAGAGGGAAGCAAGUUAUGCUGACAGGGAAAAGGGGAAUGAUUCAGAUAGUGAGGAGGAGAGAAAAAGAAGGAAGAUCAAGGCAUUUGGCAAGGCUCGAGAGCCAGCUCGAGCUCCCCCUCGACCGUCAGCUAGGCCACCAGCUCAAGCUCCUGCUCGACCGUCAGCUAGGCUGCCAGCUCGGCCAGUAACCCGACAACCUGAUAGAAGAAAUGUGAGCAGCAAUCUUCACAAGAGACCCAAGCUAAGGUGACCAAAGGUGUCUAUGCCUCUAUGCCUUGUUAAACCAGCAGCUGCAGCUCUGGAGGUGGUGAUUACGUAAUCUAGCCAGAAUAAUGUCUCUUGCAAGGAAGCAUGUGUUUUGGAGUUCUCUCCUUCCUGUUUCUUUUGUAUUGUUAUUUUAUAUGCUCGUUGGACAAACUGGUUGGAUUAUAGACUCUUUACUUGUAAACUAGUUUUGAAACUCACAGCCAUAACAAUUCGUUUACUUGUAAAAUAGUGGAAUCCAAAUUCAGAGCUUUACGUAUAUUUUUUCUGCUUC